GUCGAAAGUCUGUUGAAAUGGACAUUAAUAUCAAACACACACAUAAAUAAAGCUUCGCGAGUGUAACAGCGUUCUAGUGAAACGUAGCGAAACGCUGCUGAGAUGGACUCCGACAUAGACAUACAGACGUUUAUAAACUGCACGCAACAAGUGCUCCGGCGAAACCGCGCGUGGGACGCGCUGAACGUGACGCAGCUGCUGGACCUACUCCCCGACCAGCUGCAGGAGGACGUCACACUCAAAGAAACACUCGGCAACUGCAUGGGGCUUGGCGAGAGGCCGUACAGCCCGCCCUGGUGGGGGCAGCUGGCCUGGUUCACGGUGUUCGCCAUCAUGCUUAUGCUAGCCGUUCUUGGGAAUACCCUAGUCAUAUGGAUUGUACUCGCUCACCGACGAAUGCGAACAGUGACGAACUGUUUCCUCGUCAACUUAGCCAUUGCUGACCUCCUCAUGGCCACGCUGAACGGGGCUCCGAACUUCGUGUUCUUGGUGACCGCCCACUGGCCGUUCGGGGCUCUCACGUGUACGGCCAGCAACUUCACGGCGAAUCUCACUGUCUCGGCUGGCGUCUUCACGCUCGUAGCAAUAACUGUGGACAGAUACGUGGCUAUAGUGAAGCCCCUCCAGCACCGGCUCAGCCGAAGCGUGGCGCGCGCGGCCCUCCUGACCGUGUGGUGCGCAAGCGCCCUACUGGCGCUGCCGAGCCUGAUUUACUCUGAUACCUACAAGAAGAAGUACAUAAACGGUGAAAGAGAAAUAUGCUUCAUUAAAUGGCCAGACGGUAGCUACCCCACAUCUAAGACGGAUUAUUGCUAUAACCUAGUGUUCCUGGGCGUGACGUACGUGCUGCCCAUGACUGUGAUGGUGUGGGCGUACGCGCGCAUGAGCGCGGCGCUGCGCGGGCGCGCCAUCGGCGAGUGCACGCACCACCAGAUGCAGGUGGUCAGAGCCAAACGGAAGGUGGUACGAAUGUUCGUUCUCGUGGUGAUGGUGUUCGCCCUGUGCUGGUUGCCGUACCACGCCUACUUCGUGCUGGUGUACCACCACCAGCGCCUGGCCUCCGCACCGGUGGCGCAGCACGUGUACCUGCUCUUCUACUGGCUCGCCAUGGCCAACUCCAUGUUCAACCCACUUAUCUACUAUUGGAUGAGUAAUAAAUUCCGGAUCUACUUUCGAGUGGUACUUUGCUGGUGUCGUUCUUCAAAGACGAAGACGCCGCCGGAAAUGACUAAACAGCUGGAAAUGAACAAGUCGUUUUCAGUCAGCCAGAGGCACUAUCGUGACGCCUCAUUCUUCAGCCGCGUAUGACACUCGCCCCGACGGAGCAACCUGUCUCGGUCGGUUACUCCACACGGGCUCUCAAAAGAAACGGCAGUGGCAACCCUGACCACCGGCAACGCGGUGAGGAUGAACCCAACCGGCGGCCGCGACGGUGGCAGCGUCCGUGACGACCGCCUAUAAACACUUGCUGUUCAUCGAGGCUGCUGGAUUCUACGUUCUCCAUUACGCGUAAUUAUAUCGAGUUUGUAAUUUUUACUUUUGCUGAGC